CCGGGGGCCCCAUUGCCCAUCCCGGGAUCCCAUUGCCUAUUCCAGGGUCCCAUUGCCCAUCCCGGGGAUCCCAUUGCCCAUCUCAGAGUCCCCAUUGCCCAUUCCCAGGAUCCCAUUGCCCAUCUGAGGGUCCUCAUUGCCUGUCCCAGGGAUCCCACUGCCCAUCCCCGGGAUCCUACUUCCCAUCCCAGGGGUCCCAUUGCCCAUGAGCGGGGACACCCUGGUGACCCCUCCGGCCUGGCAGCCCCGUGGUGCCCUGUUCCCGAUAAGGACUCCCAUUCCUGAUAAGGGCUCCCAUUCCCGAUAAGGGCCCCCGAUCCCCAGAGGGGCCCCAGCCGGCUGUGCACACUCAGCACUUUCCAGCAGGGCUAUUUAAAGCCGGCCAAGAGCCCGGUGGCCCUUUCUCUCCCUCCCUCCCCGUCCAGCUGGACUUUCCUCCUGCAGCCAUGAGCUCUGGAGCGGCAGCAGGGCCGAUCUUCACCGAGGGCGAGGACUGCAGGGCGGCCUGGAGGGAGGCCAGGGCGGGCUACGAUGAGCCCGAUGCCCACCUGGAGAUCCUGGGCAAGCCGGUGAUGGAGCGCUGGGAGACGCCCUACAUGCACUCGCUGGCUACCGUGGCUGCAUCCAAGGGCGGCCGCGUGCUGGAGGUGGGGUUUGGCAUGGCCAUCGCCGCCUCCAAGGUGCAGGAAUUCGGCAUCGACGAGCACUGGAUCAUCGAGUGCAACGAGGGCGUUUUCCGGCGCCUGGAGCAGUGGGCCAAGGCGCAGCCACACAAGGUGGUGCCCCUGAAGGGGCUGUGGGAGGACGUGGUGCCAACGCUGCCGGACGGGCACUUCAGUGGGAUCCUGUACGACACCUACCCGCUGUCAGAGGACACCUGGCACACGCAUCAGUUCAACUUCAUCAAGGGCCACGCCUUCCGCCUGCUGCGGCCGGGAGGGGUCCUCACCUACUGCAACCUCACCUCGUGGGGGGAGCUGCUCAAGACCAGGUACAGCGACAUCGAGCAGAUGUUUGAGGAAACCCAGGUGGGGCCGCUGCUGCAGGCGGGGUUCAGGAGGGAGAACAUCAGCACGAGGGUGAUGGAGCUGCAGCCGCCCCCCGAGUGCCGCUACUACUCCCACCCCAGGAUGAUCACCCCCACCGUCCUCAAACACUGAGGGCCCGCCCGGGGAGGAGCUGGGCGGGAGCUGAGGAGGAGGAGGAGAAAAGCUCUGAUGUUCUUUAAAGCCCCUAAGAGAUGGGUGGAGGCUUGGGAUGGAUUCCAGGGACAAAAGGACAGGAAAUCCCCUGCCCCAGGAGCCCCCUGCCCUACAGGGGUCUUGUGGGCUCUGGGGAAGAUCUCACCCUGCUCUGUCCCCUCAAGAUUUCAAAUUCUCAAUUAAGCUGGAAUUUCACAGUGUGGUUCAGAGCCUUUGGCCAAAUGGGUUCCAGAACCAGCCAUUUCUUCUAAAAACUGCAUCAUUUUGAGAAAUUACAGGAUGGCUCCCCACAAGAGUCAAAUAAUCCAAACCAGGUGGGAGAAAUGGGGCAAUCUGAGGCAUUCUGAGGCAUUUCAGCUUCUCCUGAAGCAACUCCCCAGGGAGGUUUCCCAACAUUUUUGGACAAAGCCCACGGCAGCAAAUCCUGACCCCAACCUCCCCUCAGAGCUCAAUAAAUGAUGUUUCCUCUCUCCCCAGAAGGGAUAAAGUCCAUUAAAAGGAAUGAAAUACCCAAA